AUGGACCCCUCAAGUGUCGCCGCGCAGAAUGCAGCGAUCAGAGCCCAGCUGGCACAUGUCACCGCGCUGGUCGAGGAAUACUGUGCCAUCAGCACGGAGCAGGCCCGGCUGAAAGAACUGAGCAUCGAGCAGCACGGCCGGCAGAGCGGUUCCCAUACCGCCGUGGUGCGUGAGGCCCAUAAAUUGCUCAACACCAUCAAGGGGCCGCUCGACACGGUGUUUUGUCAUUUUGAGAAUGGCGCUCAUACUGGAGCCGUGCGCGCUCUCUUCGACAUGGGCAUGUUCCAAGCCCUCCCGGCCGAGGGCAGCAAAACUGCCGAGCAGUUGUCAAAGGAGCUCAAUGCUGAGAAAGAGCUGAUCAUCCGUCUCAUGCGCAUGACCACCGUCUGGGGUCCGUUUAAAGAGGUGGGAGUGGAGGAAUACGCGCACACGCCGGACUCAUUGAUCUAUCUUGUUCCAGAGGUCAAUGGGAUUUUUACUUGCUUGGUGGACGAAUACAAAGGCGCCGAACUGCGAUUCAACGAAUUCUUCAAGCUGAACGGCUGGGUCAAUCCGAUCCAGGAACGCAACAAUCCGUAUACCUUCCACCACCGCACCCAAGGCAAGAACAUGUGGGAACACAUGGUGCAGUUCCCUGACCGGUUCCGGGCCUUCAACUACGCGAUGCAGGCGCAGUCCAGCGCCGCCUCGUGGGCAGUCGGCCUGUAUCCCUUCCGCGAGACGCUCGCCCAGCUGGGCACCACGGACGAGACGCCGCUGGUCAUCGAUAUUGGCGGUGGCAAGGGCCAUACCCUGGCGCAGAUCCAGGGGUUGGUCGGACCGGGCAUCAAGGGUCGUUUCAUCCUACAGGAACGGCCGCAGUGUCUUGCUGAUAUCACGGAGGAAUUGCCGGGGAUUGAGCGACAGGAAUACGACUUUUUUACUCCGCAGAAGGAAAAGGGCGCCAUGAUUUAUUACCUGCGCCGGAUUUUCCACGACUGGCCGCACGACGUGUGCGUGCAGAUCCUUCGCAACAUCGCAGCCGGCAUCACCGACAAGACCAAGCAGCGGGUGGUCAUCGCGGACGAUAUCCUGCCCGAGCAGGGGGCCGACGCCGAGGGGGCCUGGAUGGAUCUGAUUAUGAUGACGCUGACGGGCACGGAGCGCACGGAGAAGCAGUGGCGAGAACUGCUCGACGAGGCGGGCUGGAAGCUCACCCGCACGUUUGUCGGGCCUGGCACAAACUAUGCUGCUGUCGAGGCUGUUCUGAAAUAG